UCUCCACCCGCCCUUGCUCCCGCCCGGCAGCGCCGAGGGCCAGGGGAAAUGGCAGCCGCGCCGCCCCCCGCGCUCCCGGGCCCGCUGCUACCGCCGGCCCCGGGCGCCGCCGCCCCCGAGGGCUGCCCCCUCGGCCCCGCCGGGCUGGGAGACCGCCGCGCCGCCGGCGGGGCCGCGGGAGCCGCGGCGAGGUGCGAGGCCUGCGGCAAGGCCUCGUGCCCGGCACCGGCGGCGACACCCCCCCCCCAGCCCUGCCCCCGCGGGGUGCCGGGGGCGAGGAGGGGCCGUGGGAGAGCCCCGGCUGCCCCGCUCGGCCAGGCCCGGCCCGCCGGCCCCGGGGGAGCGGGCCGGGGUGCCCAGCGGGACAAGAGGAGCCCCAAAGCUGCCUCACCGGCAGUCAGGGGCUGUGCCUUACGGGCGUCUGCCGGCAGCUGCUUUACAAACGUUGCUCGGUGUCGUUUGGCGCUGAGCUGUUGUCCUCCAAAGUCCGUUCGUGGUCACCGCGUUCGGAAAGAAGAGCUGGCGGCUGGCGCUUCAGCGGAGGAGCGGUGGUCGGGACGAGGAGCGCGGCCGGCCUGCUGCUCCCUUGUCCCCGUCCCUGCGCAGCGUUGGCCAACAGCUGCCGCCACCUUGCUGGGAUGCGCUUCCAGCAGCGGAGCACGCGGGGGCCCUAGAAAAGAUGCGGCUGGUCGUGUCGCGGCCCAAAGGCCACCAGUGACUGGAGGUGCCUCAGUGGGAUUUAAGACCUCGACGUGGCUCACCUUCCCUGGGAUUUCACAGACGAUGGCUCACUGUUUAGCAAAUCAUUCUUCUACUGAAACCACAAUUAACACUCUCAUCGGAUUCAGCAGGAGCAGUGUUAGGCCCAGACGGUUACAUCUUGCAUCUAAUAUUCAUAAAUAUACAUUAAUUGAAUAUGACAUUAAAUCUUCUCUAGCAAUUAGCCCUCCUUAUUGAUUGGUUCAAUGGUUAUUAUACAAGUCAAUUCUCUUCCUGUAUCUGGAGUGCUUCAAGUAUGUUUAAACGUGAAUGGCCGCCUUACUGAAGUACAUAGCAAUCAAUGGGUCACAAAAUCUGAACCUUGUGCGGUCUCAGUUUGUUUUUCUGAAGAGGAUAAAUUUAAAAAUCUAUUUUCUGAUCUUCUCUCAGUGAAUUUUACUGUUGUUUUCACCACCUUAUUUCCUGCUAUAGAUGGUAGGGGUUUUUCUGGCACAAAAGGCACAAACUACAAGCAAAAAAUAAAGCCAUGCUGUCAUGUAUCUACUUC